GCGUACUACCUCCUAGUACCCCGCUACCCUUUGCCGAUUUCUCCAACUUCCAUUUCUCCCCCUCCCCCCUGAUUCAACUUUUUGUUUCCUCUCGUGCAUAUGUUUUACAAGUCUGCAAGUAACAAUAAUAUGGACAAGAUAAUUUUCUGGAAUGAUCGGUUGAGUCUCAGUUUACUCGGGACAAAUAGGUAAAUACACCAAUGCUAGUGUAUCGUUUUAUGUAGAUCUUGAUGCACAAGCGACGAAAAUGAUGGGUAAACUCGAAGCCGACAGGCUAUAAUCCUUGUCGGGAUUCUGAUAGGUGCAAUAGCUUGCAGGAAGGUUGCAGGAACAUUACAGGACAUUACAAGGAUCAGGGAGAGGCUGAGGGAAAAAACGGAAUAGGCAUAUGCGACCACUACCUAGGUACAGACCCAACUACAACCGCAAACUCUCGCCUCCUAACCUCCUAUCAUCCUAACAUCCUAACCUUGGUACCUACCUAACCUAAGGUAGCCGAUCCGCCUACGGUUUAGUUCAGUUCGAGUUCAAGAUCUUUGACGGCUUGACCCUUUCAUCCCCCUGCCUACCUAGACCUAGGUAGUGAACACGCGCUACGCCAACUCCACCCCACAAGAUCCAUGCUAGGGUUACCGAGACAAGGAACAAAGAGCAGUCCGGUUCAGCUCGCUUUCCCGAUGAUGCAGGGUGGACCGCUCCGGUUUGAAUUCGUGCCUCAGUGCCUAAUCAAUGACAACGAAACUGCUGGCCAGUGGAAUGUCUCGCUUACACUUCGCCAUCUCCACAUCUUCCUUCUCUCCUAUAUAUCCUCGGGUCCGUGCCAUGACUAGUAGACCGAAAAGUUACCUUCAGUCUACAAGCAUUGCCGGCCUCUCGCCCACUACCCCAUUUAAUCAAAUUGGAUAUCGAUAUUCCCCGUUUGUUCUCGGUUACAAGGGACUCAACUACUAUCAUUGUCUCCUAUCCCGAAAUUCGUCCAGUUUAAGAACCAUGAACGACCCAGUUGUCAGAACCGCUUCUCCUUACACCGAUCCAGCAGUAAAGGGUCCUAAAUCUCAGCAGCUCACUCAUGGUCAUAGCCAUUCUCUUCUUCAGCACAACAAGAUGAUUCCCAACAACAAAGUCAACAAGACUGCCCUUCACCCUAGUGGUGUUGAACCCCACCAUGAAAGGGAGCACACGGAACUAGAGGAGGAGCUGCACGAGAAGGCACACAUCGACUACGAUAGAGUUGCCAUUAUUCCUAACCCUUCUGUUGCUGCCCUCUAUGAAGAUGCGCUUGUUUAUGAGAUGGGCUCCGCUAUUGCGUCUAGCGGCGCGUUAACGGCCUACUCUGGCGCAAAGACCGGUCGGUCACCUUCGGAUAAGAGAAUUGUAAAAGAGCCGUCGUCAGAAAAUGAUAUUUGGUGGGGACCUGUUAAUAAGCCAAUGGGCCCUGAGGUUUGGAAAAUUAACCGCGAGCGUGCUGUUGACUACCUGAACACGCGAACGCGAAUUUAUGUCGUCGACGGCUACGCUGGUUGGGAUGAGAAGUAUCGAAUCCGAGUUCGGGUCAUCUGUGCUCGUGCCUACCAUGCUCUGUUUAUGCGCAACAUGCUCAUCCGCCCUUCGCGGGAGGAGCUAGAGCACUUCCACCCCGACUACACGAUUUACAACGCGGGAAGUUUCCCGGCUAAUAGAUAUACCGAAGGGAUGACCUCGGGAACUUCAGUGGCCAUUAACUUUGCCGAGAAGGAGAUGGUCAUCCUCGGUACGGAGUAUGCCGGUGAGAUGAAGAAGGGUAUCUUCACCGUCUUGUUCUACGAAAUGCCCAUCAAGCACAAUGUGCUUACCCUUCAUUCAUCCGCAAAUGAAGGCAAGAAUGGCGAUGUCACGCUUUUCUUCGGUCUUUCUGGAACCGGCAAGACUACCUUGUCUGCCGAUCCUAACCGAGCUUUAAUCGGUGACGACGAGCACUGCUGGAGUGAGCGCGGCGUUUUCAACAUCGAGGGUGGUUGCUACGCGAAGUGUAUCGGUCUCUCGGCCGAAAAGGAGCCUGAUAUUUUCAACGCCAUCCGAUUCGGCUCCGUCCUCGAGAAUGUUGUUUUUGACCAGGUGACCAGAGAGGUUGACUUUGACGACGCUACCCUCACCGAAAACACGAGAUGUGCCUAUCCCAUCGAGUACAUCAACAACGCCAAGAUUCCCUGCCUGUCGGAAAACCACCCCAGCAAUAUUGUUCUGUUAACCUGCGACGCUCGUGGCGUACUGCCGCCGAUAUCGAAGCUCAACAGCGCGCAGACUAUGUUCCACUUCAUCUCCGGUUAUACCUCCAAGAUGGCUGGUACUGAGGAUGGCGUAACAGAACCCCAAGCUACUUUCUCAUCAUGCUUUGCUCAGCCCUUCCUCGCUCUGCAUCCUAUGAGGUACGCGAAGAUGCUAGCAGACAAGAUAGAAAAGCACUCCGCAAACGCCUGGCUUCUGAACACCGGCUGGGUUGGUGCCGGGUACGUGCACGGUGGUAAGCGAUGCCCACUCAAGUACACUCGUGCAAUCCUAGACGCCAUUCACUCCGGCGAACUGGCCAAGGUUGAGUACGAGACAUACGACGUCUUCAACCUCCAGGUACCCAAGACAUGCCCCGGAGUUCCUUCCGAACUACUCAAUCCCAAAACUGCCUGGACUGCAGGAAUCGACAGCUUCAACGACGAAGUUAAGAAGCUCGGUGCAUUGUUCAUCGCGAACUUCAAGAAGUACGAUUCAGAAGCUACAGAUGACGUUAAGGCGGCUGGACCAACUAUUUAAAAGCAAGGCGCAUCGCGGCAUCUCCUUUUCUUUUUUUCUUUUGGCAACUUUUUUUUUUAUUCAUCAGCUUGGAGUUGAGCAUCUGGCAUGAUUUCUUCUUUUCAAGGGAAUGACGAAUCCGCGGGAUGAAUAAACACGGUUUGUCUGCACAAAUAUAUCGGAUGCGAAAGCCGAGACGAUACGCGAAACCAGACGAAAAAAGGGCUGGCUGUAUAAAGUGAGCGCGAGGAUACCGAGUAAUUGCACGCGGCAUAAAAGCGCGUUGUGGUGCACGAUUCAUUAUUGAGGAGUUCAAUUAACUACCUCCUAGAUAUUUAUUUUCUUCUUAUAAAAGAAUUAGGAUACAGGAAUUUAAAGGAAUUAUAUCUACAUUAUUUGAUUUUAUAAGUGAACUUGUAAUAAUUGGUUAAUGGCUUAGAGUUUUUUAUAGUUAGGUACCUUAAGAGGUAAGUACCUAUAUAUACAUCAAUGGUCUUAAAGGUGAGGUGAAUGACCAAUAUUUUGGGUUUGGUUGAAGAGUU